GACUUCUAUUGUAAAGUAACGGCACGCGACAGAAUUUGUCCGUCCUUUUUGCACACAUGCAUAUGUAUGUAUGUAUGUAUACACGAAAUAUUUUGACACUCCGCUUUGUAGCGAAUCCCGCGAUCACUUCGAAGCAAGCGGUCCUCCUGAUCAGAAGUAAAAGUAAUUUAUAGUUUUGUGAGUGAGUUUUUAGAGAGAGUUUGAGAGUUGAAAAAAUGAAAAGUACAGCAAAAAGCAAAAGAUGGACAAAAACGACGAACUCCAGCUGCAAAGUUUGCUCGUCUCCUUUGGCUUGCCCGAAGUUUUUGAAGAGUUAAAUCGUAAAGGUGUGACCUUUAAGUCUCUCAAAUUUUUGACCGCGGACGACAUAAGGGAUGCUAUUGGCAAUAUAGGUAUUCGAGCUGAGUUUCGGUACAAACUGUUAGGGUGGCAAAAAUCACAGAAUUUCGGUGAAGACUCAGGUGAGGAACAAGACCAAGAGAUCCCCAUUGCAGGUGCUGCGAAACCCAAAUUGGUUGCAGACAUUUUGAAGGGGUAUCCACGGGGAAGGUUUCUCCUCGAGCAAUAUAACCUAAAAAACACCUUAACGACGGAUCAAAGAGACCAGAUAAUUAAUAUCAUUAUAGAGGACAUCUCAGCUAGGAAGCAGACGCUUAAAACUACAGAUUUUGCUGAUAUUGUGGACCAAAUCGUGGAGGUAUUUCCCUCGGAGAAGAACUGGAGAAAGCAUCCUGCAGGAAAACUGUACUGGAAGUACGCAAAUCUAAGGUCAAAGCUUUUGAAACGCGGUCGAUCCGGUCCAUUACAGGAAUCCGAUCCUGUGUCCCAAACAAGUGGUUUUGCUGACAUAACAAGCUUUGCUUUGAAAGCAGAGUUAAAGCGGGAAAUUUCUGAUUGGCUCUCUGUGUGUCAGAAAUGGAGGGAAUCUCAUGCCCAACGCAAAAAAGACAUCGAAUUGCUGGAUGGUCCACAAUUUCUAAAGAAGUGGCCAAAAUACGGUGAUUGCCGUGCUCCAGACUUGAUAAAAAUUGAUUUCAACUUAUUAUACCCUGAGAAAGGAGAUAUUUUAUUUCGUAAAUGGGACCCAUUCAAAGAAAAGGUUUUUUGCUUUUACGGAGAUCAGAUACAAAACAAAGAGUGUCUUAGAAUAUUAAAGACAGCUCAGAAAACGGUAUCAAUCGAUUCCAAGGACUACAUUUACACUAUUUUACUUACCUCAGUCGUGUCAAAUAAUUCAUGGGCCGUAAUAAAAGGAACAAACAAGAGAAAGAAAUUCUCCCUACUGGACUCACUGGAAAGUCUUGUCCUCAGAAUCAAUUCCAUUGCGGACUAUGAGGAAAAGCUUCAGCAGUUAAUUAUUAAGUAUUAUAUAAGCUCAGAAACGGUGCAGCCUUUUUUGAUAGUUGAAGGUGAAUGCAUAGAAAAUUUGAAAGGAUUUUUCGUAUACUUUGAUAAGUCAUUAUAUAAGUUUGACUCCUUUAUAGAGUCGUUAGAUGUAUGCUUUAAGAUUUUUAAUACAUUGAACUUAAAACAUAUUUGUAACUCGCAUGCUGAGAUUACAUUAUCGGAAAAUGACAACAUUGAAGAAAUCAAUAUUAUCGAAAUUAAUAAUACUUAUGUUACUGCAGCUUCCAAUUGCGACUCAAGUGUCGCUCUAAAGAAUAACUUAGCACAUAUUAAAACCACAGAUUGUCAAAACAAUUUUGAAGACAAGUCUUUUUUUUUCUUGUGGCUUGCACGCUCGACCUGGACUGCCAAGAAAUGAGAUUCUGUUUAUACAAAAACAAAUUGCUGAUCUGCUAGCCCCAAUAGCUAGUGCAGUUAAAGAUGCUCUGACAAGUUCAACUUUAUCAUACGAAAUACUUAAUUAUGUUUUAGAUUUCUGUAAGAGUCCAUUUAAGCCGAUAGUAUCUGAGUAUAAAUUUUUAAAGUUUUUAAAAGAGAAAAAUCUCUAUGAAAAUCCUUUGGCAUAUACAAUUUCAAACAAACUAGUACCUAAAAUUAAAAGAGGCAAAGCAGAACUCAUGCCUCACAAAGUGAACAUACAACUUAUGCCUGUAAAGUUCCAAAUAACAAAAUUUUUCGAGAUUCCAGACGUUUUGAACCUUACUGUUAAAAAUCAAGAA